AUGAGUUGUCAUCAACGCCUCCCCGCCGACGGCUCGCCGGCGUCUGCCGCGUACACGUUCCAGCAGCCCCCGCACGGCUUCUCCCCCCCGCGUUUCCGCGACCCCGGUGGCACCUCCGGCCACACCUACGGGAACGUCAUGUACGACCGCCGCGUUUACCGGGGUAACACCUACGCGAACCCGGUAAUGACCAGCGCCGCGCGCGCAGAGAUGCACCAGCGGGAGGAGGAACUCGCCCAGCGGCGAAAGGCCCACACGCAGCGGGUGGCCUCGAUUAAGCGGCGUCGUCAGCUCGAGGCGGCCCGUCGUCGGCUCGCGACCCCCGAUCCUUUGGAGGGCCACCACCACAUCGACGUCCAGACGGAGCCCUACUUGGAGGAGCUGACGGACCCCGUCCAGGUGCAGUGCCAGGAGACCCAGACCGACCCCCUCCUAGACCGUCCUCCCACCCCGCUUUUUGUGCCAAAGAAGACCGGCCGUGACACGGAGACGCAGAUCUAUGAGGGGGACCUCUUCAGCUUCGACAUCGCGAUCGAGCCGAUCCUCGAGGUGAUGGUCGGGAAGACGCUGGAGCAGGCGAUGCUGGAGACGAUGCAGGAGGAGGAGUUAGAGAUGCUGCGCCAGCAGCAGCUGGAGUUUGAGCAGCGCCGGAAGGAGGAGCUGCUCGAGGUGCAGAAGCUCGAGGCCGCCGAGAAGCGCCUCUAUGAGGAGAAGGAGCGGCGCAAGCAGCAGGAGAUCGACCGACUGCAGCGUGAGAAGGAAACCCGUGAGAAACUCCAGGCUCGGCUGUUCGCCAAGGCUUACAUGGCCAACAUGGAGAAUCGUAUCAUUGCCCGCUUGCAGGAUGAGGGCUGGUUCGCGGAUCGCGUUCUCAAUGAAGUAGAGUUAAAUUUCAUGCCCUGGCUUAUGGAUGAGGUUGACAAGGAGUUAAUGAAGAAGGAGAAGGCACGCAGCUUAGUCGACGAACUGAUUCACCAUGUAGUGCGUUUGAACAUGGAACAGCUAGAGCGUAGCUAUCAGUCGCAGGAAUCGGCCUAA